AUCACUGACUCCAAGAUGGCUCCCCAGUUGGAUCCCUUUUUCCAGAAGGUGGAUGAGCUCAAGCAGCCCUUCAUUGAGCGCUUGAGAGAGGCGGUUGCAAUCCAGUCUGUGUCGGCACAGGCAGAGAGCAGACCUGAGGUCGUCAAGAUGGGACACUGGAUCGCCAGCCAGCUCAAGACUCUGGGUGCGGAGGUCGAGCUUCGAGAGCUCGGAAAGGAGCCGGGCAGAGAGCAUCUCGAUCUGCCUCCGGUGGUGCUCGCACGCUACGGCAGCGACCCCAAGAAGCGUACCGUCCUGGUCUACGGCCACUACGACGUCCAGCCGGCGCAGAAGGAAGACGGCUGGGCCACGGAGCCCUUCGACCUGACCGUCGACGAGCAGGGCCGCAUGUUUGGCCGUGGCAGCACCGACGACAAGGGCCCCGUCCUCGGCUGGAUCAACAUCAUCGACGCCCACAAGCAGGCCGGUGUGGAGUUCCCCGUCAACCUGCUCUGCUGCUUCGAGGGCAUGGAGGAGUUUGGCUCCCUCGGCCUCGAGGAGUUCGUCAAGGCUGAGGGCCCCAAGUUCUUCAAGGACGCCGACGCCGUCUGCAUCUCAGACAACUACUGGCUCGGCACCGAGAAGCCAUGUCUUACCUACGGCCUCCGUGGAUGCAACUACUACUCCAUCACCAUCUCUGGCCCCGGCCAGGACCUGCACAGCGGUGUCUUUGGUGGCACCGCACACGAGCCCAUGACCGACCUCGUCACCCUCCUCUCCAAGCUGGUCGAUUGCCAGGGCAACAUCCUCAUCCCGGGGAUCAAGGAGCUCAUCGCUCCCGUCACCGCGGACGAGCAGGGCCUGUACGAUGCCAUCACCUACUCCAUGGACGACUUCCACAUCUCCCUCGGCAGCACCACCUCCAUCAUGCCCACCAAGGAGACCACCCUGAUGCGCCGCUGGAGAUACCCUUCUCUCUCCAUCCACGGCGUCGAGGGCGCCUACUCUGCCCCCGGCUGCAAGACCGUCAUCCCGGCCAAGGUUAUCGGCAAGUUCUCCAUCCGCACCGUCCCCAACAUGGGCAGCGAGGAAGUCACCCGCCUCGUCUCCGACUUCAUCAACGCAGAGGCCGCUAAGCUCCAGACCAAGAACAAGAUCGAGGUCGCCCUCAUGCACGACGGAAAGUGGUGGGUCGCCAGCCCCAAGCACUGGAACUUCGCUGCCGCUACCAAGGCCGUCAAGCAGGUCUUUGGUGUCGACCCAGACAUGACCCGCGAGGGUGGAAGUAUCCCCAUCACCCUCACCUUCGAGGAGGCCACCGGCAAGAACGUCCUCCUCCUGCCCAUGGGAAGCUCUACCGACGCUCCCCACUCCAUAAACGAGAAGCUCGACACCCGCAACUACAUCGAGGGAACCAAGCUGCUCGGUGCAUACCUUCACUACGUUGCCGAGGAGCCAAUGAACGAGGCAUAA